UUUGCGGCCUAAGGAUGCUUAAAGCAGGAGGUUUAAUGUCAUGACGUCACGUUAAUUAGCGCCACUCUGAUCCUUUCAGCCUCUUAGCCGCAUUCUGCCCUGUUCUGUCUGUCGGUUGCCACGAGAUGCGUUACUCCCUUUGGGGACCGUGGAGGAGGAUGCACGGAGGCUCAAACGGACACUAUUGAUCCAUCCACCCCUGCAGGCCCCAGCACAGCUCCUACCCUCCAACUUGGCACUUUUUUCCCUGCAGGUGAUGCUUUUUUAAAAGAAACAAAAAGAAAAAAGGGGGGGACUCUGGCAUAAAAAAAGAAAGAAAAAAUGGCAGAUAAGGAUAGUGUGGAAAAAUAUCUGGAAAACAACCCGCAGUUCGCAAAAGAGUACUUUGAUAAGAAGCUGCGCGCUGAAGCUCUCACCGCCGCCUUUUCGGCCAACGUGGACAUCAAAGACACCGCUUCCUUCAAGGAUGUUAACGCCGUGCAAGAAGCCGCCAUCAUUUUCGAGCUCAUCAAGGAGCUGCAGAAGCCGGGGAACAUGGAGCAGUCCCUCCACAAAGUGCUGCAGAGAGUGGCCCUCAUCAUACAGGCUGACAGGCUCAGUUACUACGCCUGUCGAGGCAGAAACGGAACACUUGAGCUGGCCACCAGCCUCUUUGACGUGACUCCGACCUCCAAGUAUGAGGCUAACCUGGUCGAUCCGCAGACCGAAAUCGUGUUUCCUCUGGAGAUCGGUGUUGUCGGUUUCACCGCCACCUCCAAAAAACCGCACAAUGUUCCUGAUGUGUCAAAGAAUCCAAAGUUCUCCGACUUUGUGGACAAACAGACUGGAUACAAGACCAAAUGCAUGAUGACCUUCCCUCUGAUGGCUGAAAAAGAGUGCCUUGGAGUCAUCAUGGCGCUAAACAAAAUAGGAGCAGAGCAUUUCACUCCAGAAGAUGAGGCGCUCUUCCACAAGUACAUGAACUUUGCUCAAGUCGUCGCCCUGCAGCACUACACAGCCUACAUGUGGAAUGUGGAAUCCAGGAGAAGUCAGGUGCUGCUCUGGUCAGCCAGUAAAGUGUUUGAGGAGUUGACAGACAUUGAGAGACAGUUCCACAAAGCACUGUACACCGUAAGGACCUAUCUACAGUGUGAAAGAUACUCAGUGGGUCUGUUGGACAUGACCAAAGAGAAGGAAUUUUAUGAUGAAUGGCCGGUGAAACUUGGAGAUGUGGAACCUUAUAAAGGACCCAAAACACCAGACGGCAGGGAAAUCAACUUUUACAAGAUCAUUGACUACCUCCUGGAAGGCAAAGAAGAAAUCAAAGUCAUACCUGGUCCCCCAGCCGAUCACUGGGCUUUGGUUAGUGGCCUACCAACCUAUGUGGCAGAGAAUGGCUUUAUUUGCAACAUGAUGAAUGUGGCUGCAGAUGACUACUUCACUUUCCAGAAAGAGGCUGUGGAUGAGACGGGGUUUGUCAUCAAAAACGUCCUGUCGCUGCCCAUCGUCAACAAGAAGGAAGAAAUCGUGGGCAUCGCCACGUUCUUCAACAGGAAAGACGGCAAACCGUUCGAUGAACAUGACGAACAGAUCACUGAGGCCCUGACACAGUUCCUCGGCUGGUCAGUGCUGAACUGUGACACCUAUGACAAGCUGAACCGUAUGGAGUGGAGGAAGGAUAUCGCCCAGGAGAUGCUCAUGUACCAGACCACAUGUACCACGGAUGAGCUGCAGUCCAUUCUGAACACCAAGGAGAAGUUUGAUGCCGAGCCUGAAGACUGCGACCAGAAAGAGAUGUACAAACUGCUGAGAGCAAACAUCCCACCGGCAGACAACGUCAACGGCGAGAAUCUGUACCUGUUCUCCUUCAGCGACUUCCCCGUGACAGAGUUCGACCUCAUCAAAGCCGGCAUUCGCAUGUUCUUCGAACUCGGAGUCGUCGAGAAGUUUAAAGUUCCCGCAGAAACGCUGACCAGGUGGAUGUACACCGUGAGGAAGGGUUAUCGUGCCAUUACCUACCACAACUGGAGGCACGGUUUCAACGUAGGCCACACUAUGUUCUGCCUGCUGCAGACAGGAAAACUGAGGAAAUACUACACUGAUCUCGAUGCCUUUGCCAUGGUGGCUGCUGCUUUCUGCCAUGAUAUCGACCACAGAGGAACCAACAACCUCUACCAGACAAAGAGUGCAUCUCCUCUGGCCAGACUUCAUGGCUCCUCCAUCAUGGAGAGACACCAUUUGGAGUACAGCAAGACUCUAAUGGGGGAGGAGAGCUUGAACAUCUUCUGCAACCUCCAGAAGCGUCAGUUUGAGAAUGUGCAGCACUUGUUCGACGUCUGCAUCAUCGCCACAGAUCUGGCGCUUUACUUCAAAAAGAGAACCAUGUUCCAGAACAUCGUGAAUGCCACGGAGCCAAUGACAGACGAAAAAGAGGCCACGGCUUAUGUUUCCAACAACCCCAUCAGGAAGGAAAUCGUCAUGGCCAUGAUGAUGACAGGUUGUGACUUGUCAGCCAUCACCAAGCCCUGGGAGGUACAGAGCAAGGUGGCUCUGAUGGUGGCUGCUGAGUUCUGGGAACAGGGCGAUUUGGAGAGAACUGUUUUGGACCAGCAACCAAUUCCCAUGAUGGACAGAAACUGUGCCGAACAGCUCCCCAAGAUGCAGUGUGGUUUCAUCGACUUUGUGUGCUCAUUUGUGUACAAGGAAUUCGCAAGGUUCCACAAAGAGAUCCAGCCCAUGUUUGACGGCCUGAACAAUAACAGGGCACACUGGAACGAGCUGGCUGAGGUAUACAACGCCAAGAUGAAGGCCAUUGAGGAUGAGAAGAAGAGACUAGAAGAAGAGGAAGCCAAGAAAGCUGGUGGUGGUGGUGGCGGCAGCGAAGGAGGGAAAUCAAAGACGUGCACCAUCUGUUAAGUUCCACCAGCGCUUGGAUCUGAACUGAUACAGUCUGUUUAGGACUAAUCUACACAACACUAGUCUUUCCUGGUCCGAAAGCUCAUCUCAUCGAAGCUUUUUCCUCGGUGUGGUCUCGCCUACACCGGUAUAGUUCUGGUUAUUCGCUGUUCACAUUCAUGUAGUCCGGUCCAGCCCUGUAUGGUCUAGUCUGGUUCCGUGUAGCCUGCCAGGUCUGGUCUGCACUGCAGUCUGGAAUAGACCCACCUAACCUUUUCUUCAAGGAGGGAAGAGUCAGAGACUUCACCGCGAAGUAAAGCUGGAAGAGAAGCUGUCCGACUUUGAAAGCACGACACGUUUGAAUCUUCGUCCUUCCUGCUGAACAAUGUUGUGGACAUUUUUAAUGACAAAUCAUACCGUCGCAAAAGUUCUGUAGUAUUAACCAAAAAUAUUUCUGACAUGUUUUAAAAGUGUGGCUGAAUAAUCUUAAAUAUUCAGGAAGGAAAAACUAAUUAUGCGUAGUUCAGAUAGUGUGCAGCGUGUGGGGAGUACACAUGCCAAAGCAUGUACAGUGCUGCAGUAGACAAUUCAGAGAGCGCUCCUGUUGGCAGUCAGUUAACACGCAGUAUAUUUUAAUACUGUAGGUUGCACAACGCACUUAGCUGCUGCUAUUUUGACAGUGGCAGACCUGAUAAAGGGAGGGAGGGAGGGCAGGCUGGGACACGUAACGUCAUGGCUACGGACCUGAGGAAAGGGGCUAAAGGAAAUGUGUGAAAUGAAUUCCUUCACAUAGGAAAGCUGCAAUCUGAGGGAUCUGUUAAUGCUUUAGUGGCAAUACCAAAAGCAAGGACUGAUGUCUCUUACCUCAAAAGGCACUAAGAAGCUGUGUGAAGGUGUAUGUAUUUUAAUAUGCAACUCUAUCUAUAUAUACUUAUAUUUUUUUGGGAUUCUUUGAGUAUUUUGUACUUGGACUGUCUUGGAAGGAGGAUGGAGGGGAGCUUUGAAAGAGGACAAAUUUGCACUAGAAUCACAUCCAGACGUCGAGUCUGUGUUUUGAACUUGCGAACCUUUAUCGUCAGCUUUGAUGAAUUCCUCUGAGCUGUGCUGAACUGGGAAAAGACACAGUUUUACUACACGGGUAUUAAGAUCGAACUUACAAUUUCUUAUCGAUUCCAUUUAAAAGUCUUUUUAAAUGUGAAUGAUUUCACAUGUUUAUAGUUUAUGGCAUAGGAAUUGUAAAAUGUAAAUUGUAUAAACUUAAUGAAAGUUGUAAAGGCAACUUUUGCUUCUUGUAAGCGGGCGAACGUUGCAGUAGAUCUACCUCUUCUGUAAGAGGAUUUGAUUGCCAGCCAGUGUUUGCGAUCCACACAGCUUUAAAUAACCGUCUUACUGAGGAGGUAAAAAAAAAAGGCUUAUCAUAUGUAUGUGCAGAGACUUGUGUUUGUGAAGAUGCAGCUAGAGCAUCAUUGAUUGUACGGUCGUACAGGCCAAAGUCCUCUGCUUCUUUCUUCAUUGAUGCAACCGUGAGACAAAUAAGGCAAUAACUGCUCAACUCAGUGUAAAUCUAUGCCACCCACGUAAACCCAAAUUGAACCGAUCUGGUCAGAAAACAUCAGAGUUUACAGUGCAAGCAGAGUGCACUUUCUUGUUAGCGCUGCGGCUGUGGCUUUCACCUUCCUAUUACGCAAUGUCUCCUCUAAUCAAUGGGGCAUCAAUCAGAGCCACUCGAUCCUAUCAGAAGGGCUUUGGAAGUACCUGGAAACUACCUUGUCUGCUGCUUGAGGUGAAGCGAGGAGCCGUUGUAAUACCCGGAUCCAAAACUGUGCAAAAAAAACAAACAUUUACAGAAUGUGAGAGAUAUGUUUCAGUGAUUUCAUAAUCUUAUCUUGCUGCACACAUUUUAUAUGAAAUCUUACACCAUCAGUUCUGUCUCCAGUUAUAUAAAAAAAAAAAACAGCCCUUUGGCUUUUCCUUUGGAUCCUUUGUGUGACACAAAAAAAGCACUAUAUACUUUCUACUUAAUCCAUCAACUGUCAAUCAGACAUUAGAACUAUCAUUUGAUGUAUGAAAUGACCUCUGUAUGAGUCAUGAGAUGUAAUAUGUGUAAGCAAAUAAAGGAUAUUAUGGAUG